AUGUGAAGUUUAAUCUCACGGCGAACUAUGGCGGGUUAAACACGACCUAUUAUCGACAUAAAGGUUGCCAGAGCAGCGCAUGUGAGGGAGUGGAGGAGAUAAAGAACCUGAUGGUCUGCUCUCACUUAGGCCUUGUCCACACAAAAACAUGGAUAUUUAUAAUAUAUAGCCUUUUCUAUGCGUUUUGGCCUUUUGUCCUGUUUUAGGUUAUUGAAACAAACAAACAAAAAAAACCUCCUUCCAGGGUGACUAUUUCAGAGACUCUGUUUUCAGUGUUGAUAUGUAGACAGGGAAAAGAGUUUCUGGCAAAAAACGUCAGAGUGUUAUCGCCCUUGUGAUGCGUCACAAGUGAAGCAUCAUUUUGUGUGUGACCAAAAUAGUGCUGCCUCUAACUUUGCUAACAGAACUUUUUUUUAUGUUUACACGUAAUUGUACAGCCACUCUUCCACUAUACUGAGGAACAAAGGCUUCAGGAUAUGCUAUGGAAGUCACUGCUCCAGGCAACCUUUUUGUAAUGGCUUUUAAUUAAACUGUAACAGUCUAGUACAAAACUGGGACUCAGUUGCGGAGGAAAACACAAAACACCAAGAACAGUUUAUCAAAUCCAGAUCUUUACUCAGGAGGUCAGGGGUCAAACACAUUAAGGCAAUCAGUAGAGGCUGAAAAGUCCACAGAGGGAAAUCACACAAAAAGUCCAUAAAUCAAAGACCAAGAAAUCAACACGAGGAAAAGGCUUGAUCACACCAGGGUGACAAUGACGAUACGAUACGAUACGAUACGAUAUUUAUUGUCUGCUUGCACAGAAAUUUGUCUUACAUCAUAGUUGGCUUGAUGACUAACUACACACAGGUGAGUGGAAGAAGACACAGGUGAAACACAUGAGAUAAUUAACAAAGGCGGGAAAACUCUGUGAGUAAAAGAAACACUAAACACAAUCUCAAAAUAAAACAGGAAGUGGACACAAACACAUGAGCAUAAACUGACAGAAUAUCAUACAUACUCUUCACAGGACCUCAACUGUGUUAUGCAUUUUCAUGUGAACUGGGAUUUUUAUUUGUAACAGUGCUUGUGUGGACGAAAUAUUUUUGAGGAUGAAGGAGGGAAAACCCUGUUUUCAGAAAUACCUGUGUAUGUGUACAUCAGGCUUUAGUUGCAUCUUGUGGACACAAAGUUAAUUUGUGAACAUGUCUACAAGCAACACUGCAGAGAAAUUCAGGGUUCACAGGGGUGGCUAUCAAACAUACUUAAAGGCAAGUACGUCAGCUCUGUGCACACACAUAUGAAAUAAACACAGCUGACAAACAAUUAACUUGCACUCAUUUGUAUUUUCUUGCAGCAGUCAGGAUCCCUUGGAUGUGCUCUGCUUGGGCCCACAUGCACCUUAGCUACUUACCAAAUGUCUGAUGCGGACAAAGGCCUGAAGCUCGGUACACCCAUCAUCUCGGCUGGAAGCUUUGGUCUCUCCUGCGACUACACGAUCAACCUGCAGCGCCUGCUGCCACCGGCACGCAAGAUUUCUGACUUUUUCAUUCACUUCUGGAGAGACAUCAACCACAUCAAACCUGAAUGGAAGACAGCUUAUGUUUACAAGAAGCAGAUUAACAUGGAGGAUUGUUUUUGGUAUAUUAAUGCACUUGAUGCAGGCAAGUUCCCCCUAAAUAUUAGCAGAACAGUGCUGCGCAGACCAGCAGACCUGAUAAGAGAACUGACAUUAUCCAACAGGACGAGCAACUUGUUCAUCAUGUGUGGAACCCCAAUGGAUGUGAUGGAGGUGAAAAAUGGUAGCCCAGAGGCAGACAGCAGUGAUAUUCUCUUUAUCCUUAUUGAUCUGUACAACGAUCAGUACUACACCAACACAUCAUCAAUGCCGUUCAUGAGGAACGUGUUGGUGCUGACUAUGCCCAACAACAGAAGCUACAUUAUCAACAACGACCUGAAAGGCAACAACACGAUGAAUGACUAUAUGGCUGCGUACCAUGACUCAGUGCUGCUGAUAGGCCAGGUGAUGAGGGACCUUAUUCAAAACAAUCAGUCGGAGAUUCAGCAGAUGGAGUAUGUCAAUGUGAAUUACUUCAGAGACAUCUCCUUUAAUGGAAUUGCUGGACACUACAAGUUGGACAAGUAUGGAGACAGAGACGUGAAUCUCUCAGUCAUUUACACUUCUACCGACAACAAGUACCGACUUUUAUUCACAUUCGACACUGAGAACAACUCCACCAAAGUGGAGGAGACGGAUCCUGCCUUCAUCUGGGGAAAAAGACUUCCUAAUUUCAAACCAGAACAAGGCCUGGCAACUCAUGACAUCAUUGUCAUCAUGUUGGCUGUUACAGUGGUUGUGGUGGCCACCAUCGCCUUCAUUUUCUACAGACGGGAUACGGACAAUCUGGAGACGCUGGCCAAUCAGAGCAGACUGGACCUUUUUUUGGGAGGGGAGCUUAAAAAAACACAGACACUAAAAUGGAGUAUCUCUGACAGAGGACAGAACAGGAGAGAACGUCUGAACAGGAAGCGCUGGUCCCACAUCGCCUCUCACCUCAUCACACCGCUGGAAAACAACGAACUCAAUGUCAUCUCUCUGAAGAUUGAAGAGGUGAGGAAAAACAAAAAAUUCCAGAUCCGCCGUGCGCACUACGAUAAGAAGAUUGUGAUCCUGAAGGAGCUGGAGCACUCAGAUGGGAACUUUAAGGAGGACCAGAUGAUAGAACUUAAUGCGCUCUUGCAAAUCGACUAUUACAACCUCACCAAGUUUUAUGGCACCGUGAAGUUCGAUGAGGGUGUGUUCGGAGUGUUUGAGUACGGCGAGAGGGGGUCACUCAGGUAUGUGCUGAACGAUAAGGUUUCGUACCCAGAGGAGACCUUCAUGGACUGGGAGUUCAAGAUUUCUGUCAUGUACGACAUUGCCAAGGGCAUGUCCUAUCUCCACUCCAGCCAAAUCCAGGUGCAUGGUCGCCUCAAGUCUACCAAUUGUGUGAUGGACAAUCGCAUGGUGGUGAAGAUCACAGACUUUGGCUGCAACAGUUUUCUUAGCCCCGGCAGAGACUUGUGGACAGCUCCGGAGCACCUGAGGAAACAGGGCACCUCUCAGAAAGGAGACGUUUACAGCUUUGCCAUCAUCGCUCACGAGAUUGUUCUCAGAAAGAACACCUUCUAUACUGAGACCUACCACAACCGAGCAGAAAAGCUUGCCAAGGUCAUCAUGUCCUACUUCAGACCUGAUCUUAACUUUGAGACGGCUUCAGAGAAAGAAUUAGAGGUGUACAUGUUGAUAAAACACUGUUGGGAUGAGGAUCCAGAAAAAAGACCUGACUUCAAGAAGAUAGAAAACUGUCUGGGGAAAAUCAUCAGUAAAAUUCAUAACCAGGACAAUGAGAGCUACAUGGACAACAUGAUCAGACGGCUACAGAUGUAUUCCAGAAACCUAGAGCACCUGGUGGAGGAGAGAACAGUCCUCUACAAAGCUGAGAGGGACAGAGCAGACUGCCUCAACUUCAUGCUGCUUCCCCGCCCAGUUGUGAAAAGCCUGAAGGAGACUGGUGUGGUGGAGCCAGAGCUGUACGAAGAAGUGACAAUAUACUUCAGCGACAUCGUUGGUUUCACCACUCUUUGCCAGUACAGCACACCGAUGGAAGUUGUGGACAUGCUCAACGACAUCUACAAAGGCUUCGAUGGCAUUGUUGACCACCACGAUGUAUACAAGGUGGAGACGAUUGGUGACGCCUACAUGGUGGCCUCUGGGCUUCCGAACAGAAAUGGGAACAGGCACGCAGUGGACAUCUGCCGCAUGGCGCUGGACAUCUUGGCGUUCAUGGGUACCUUCCAGCUCAGACACCUGCCUGGUAUCCCUGUGUGGAUACGCAUCGGUGUUCACUCAGGUCUGUGUGCAGCAGGUGUCGUGGGGAUAAAGAUGCCCAGAUAUUGUUUAUUUGGAGACACAGUCAACACUGCAUCUCGUAUGGAGUCUACAGGACACCCCCUGCGGAUCCACGUCAGUCAGCCUACUAUAAAUAUCCUGCAGAGGACAGACUGCAAGUUUGAGUAUGAGCUCAGAGGAGAAACAUAUCUGAAGGGUAAAGGCACAGAGACAACCUACUGGUUAACGGGUGAGAAGGGCGAAGACUAUGACCUCCCAACUCCACCCACAACGGAGAACUUCCAGCGGCUCCAACAGGACCUCGCCCACAUGAUCGUGGAGUGUCUGGAGCGGCGCUCUCAAGGCUCUGUGCGGAGGAAGAAGCCACUCUUGAGUCAGAGCAGGGAGGAUGACAAGGAGCAGGAAUCAGGGGUGGAGUCUGAGAGUGACCAGCUUGAGUACCUGCAUCUGGCCACUGUGGAUAACACCCUCAGUACAUUCCUCUAGUACGUGCCUACUGUUGAAUACAUCGCUGACACAAUCUGUAUGUAUGUGAUUACACUAUGCAGUAAGGGAGGGAGGAUAACCAGAAGACAAGAAGGGAAGUAUAUGCAUUACAACAGUAUAACAAGCAGAGAUGUAAAGACUAGUUGGUCAGUUCCAUUUUGUUAAGGCUAAACUGAGGCUAUGAUCAGCAUCAAUGUCUAGACUACAACUUAAAAAUGUUCUUGUAUAUAUCAACAUGUCUCCUGCAUUUUCUUGUGAGGUUCAUUAAUUCAUUUAAAUAUGUAAUUCAUUUGCUGUUUAGUGUAAACAUGGGUCAUAUGCAGCUAAAAGAUAUUGCAGUUAUUAAUUCCCAGUGCUUAAUAUGUCCGUCAUUCUGGAGGAAACUGGUUUGUGCAUCACUGCUGUUAAGCAGGGCGAUAUGAAGGAAUUAACAGGAGCAUAAAAACUAAAAAAAAAGCAAAGCUAUAGAUGUAGCUUUAUUGUGUCAGGUGUGAAGCACCUCAACAUAAUUGCAAUGAAAGUGUCAAUUUGUGACCUAGUAACCUAUUAGAUCUGGUAUAAAUCUAUAGACUGAAUCACAUUUGUUUACAGUAACUUCCUUGUUUCACAUACAUUAAAAUAAUACAGUGCUGAGCAGACGCUGCCUCAACUGGAUAGUCUUAGGCCACCUAAAAAAAAAGCCUAACCCUAAAAACAAUCAGUAUGAGUUAAAGUGUUUGCUGUGUUUAAAUGUUUUUGCGGCUUUACUUCCCCACCAGACAACCCUUUCCCAUGGGAGACUGAAGUGGUUAUAUCAGAGCCACCAAACUCCACUGACAAACAAUAGCCAUUUUACUUCACAGAACACGGGAGUUGCCAGUCUACCGCUGUCUGGAUUUGUAGUGUGUAAGGUAAAGCUGUGAAAAAUAUUCAAAAUAUAAUAUUCACUUAAACUGAUAUUGAUUUUUUUUAGGUUGCUACAUUGUUUCGCUUCUGUGCUGGUAAAUUUGAUUUGUCAAAGAUGAUAGCAAUUUACUUAGUUCAUAAAAUAGGCACAGCAGAAGUGUCAGAUAGGUCUGAUCACAGUGUUUAACUAUAUAUAUCUUUAAACGUUAGUUACAGCUGAAAAUCACAACAGAAAUAAUCAAUGUAUGCUUUAAGCAGGAUCAGCCAAUGAGACAAAAGAAUUUGACUUUUAUCUGCCAUAUUGUUCAUUCUUAAAAAUGUCCUGACAUUUUACUGAGUGAUGUUUUAAUUGAAAGUGUUUUUAAGUUCAUUUUGUUUGUGUAAAAUUUCUAAUAUGUUGAAAUGGAGCAAUGCCAUUAUUCUUGUACUGGUUAUUUUCUAUUCAUAUAUUUUUUUUACCCAAAUGACAACUGCUUUGACCGCAGCUGCAUCGAGUGCUGGCAACCACAGAUUGAUGUGAGGUGGUUAAGGACAGUGGUUCCCAACUGUUGGGUCACAGUCCAAAAGUGGGUCGUGGGUCCAUUCUGAAUGGACCUCAAGUGACAAGAUUGUAAAAAACACACUUGAUUUUGAAGUACUGUGAAUUUUUUAGCACAGAGCUUUUAUUUUGGAAGUGCUGUUUCAUGUAGGGAAUAACUAACGGACAGCUACGUCACAGAGACAGCAAACUAGCUUGAUGACAUGUCCAAACGCAACUAUGACGCUGAAUGUUGGAAAGCAAUGGUUUAGGAGAUAAUUGCUGUCAUGGCUGUACUUUAUAACCAGCUUUGUUAUUUCGUCAUUUUCAAACUAAAUACCAGGGUAUACUGACAUGUGGACUCAUAAUGAGCGUGUCACGGUUGUAACAUCUGCCUUGACGGGAAAAAAAUAAAUUCAAAUCUGUAUUUUAAACCAAAGGACAAAGAUUUUAUUUUGUUGAGAAUGGUGAUAUUCAUUUACAUUAAAUAAAAAAAUCACUUUCUGUCACAUCUGUUGAAAAUGCUGUAUAUUGUUCAGGUGAAAUACAGAAAUGAAAACAGCGUUUCUCGAAGCCUGUACAGGUUCAUCUGAGGCGUUACAAUGCAUGUGUCACAUUAUUUGACGUAUACAGACACCCAGUAUGGACAGCAGAAGAAAAAAAAAAACUCCAGCAUCAGAUUAAAAUGUUUUUCUAUCCACAGCUGCCUGACAGAUGUUUGUUUUUUGCACGGAAUAAUGAAAAGUACUGCCAAGUAGACUUUUACACAUCUAACACUAUGUGAAAACACACUCUACUGUACAGCAGAAACAAUUCAACACGUAGUGUACAAAUAAGAAACUGAAGUGUGGAUCCAGCAAACCAAACAAGGUGACUGGACAUGCAAGUGGAGGCUUAUAAAACGGAUCGACUGGUAACUCCUUUUCAUUGGAGGAAAAAAAGACUAUCAUCUGGGAAAUGUCUUUUGAACAGCAUUUAUGUGAACUUAACUAACAUAUUCAGUAAACCUGAUGAAUAUAUUUCUAUAUACUGUUGAAGAUCAUCAGGUUAGUCAAAAAUAAAAGCAAGUCAAGUAGAAAAAAGCAAAAGUCACCCUAAGAUGACGUUAACACCCCCUCCCCACCUAAAAAUAUCAAAACCCAGAUUCUUUUUACUAUGUAACAUUCAAAAAGAAAUGUUGAGAAUAAAUUAGACAACUGAACGUACAAAAAAAAAAUAAAAAGGCAUGAUAUUUUAUACAAAACAGCCUUCUACAGGAGCUGCGUGAAACCAGCUUCAGCUCACACACA